UAUGCACACUGACACAGGUUUUAAAUUAUUUGUUAGUCCUCAAGUUGCAAUUUCGAGAAGUCGGACAUUUGGUCUAGAUACAUUCCCGUAUGUACAUAAAUUAAAAUGGCGGAGGAAACAGUUUCACAGAAGUCGCUGUCUUGCGAGACUUGUGGCAAGGUGUUCAAGGUGUCGAGGAAUUUGCGCGUUCACAUGAGAAUCCACAGCGGUGAGAAGCCGUUUGUGUGCGAGACAUGCGGCAAGGCAUUCAAUCAAGUCUGCAGUCUCAAGCGACACACAAGAAUACACACGGGCGACCGUCCGUAUACGUGCACGACAUGUGGCAAGUCGUUCAAAGAGUCUGGAAAGCUCAAACUGCACAACAUGAUCCACACGGGCGAGAAACCACGUGUGUGUGAGAAGUGUGGGACGAGGUUCACGACUGGAGGCGAUCUCCGCAAACAUAUGAUGAUACACACAGGCGAGAAACCGUUCGGCUGUUCUGCAUGUGGGAAAACGUUCAAUAGGAAGAGUGAUAUGAAGAGACACAAGACAGUCCAUUUGGGUCGGAAUGCUGAGAAAUAUCGAAGGAGACUGAAGAGGAAGGAGAUUUCUGAGUUUGAUGAUGUCUCGUUUUCCUAUGUUAUUUGUGUUCCACCGUUGAAUGGAGCUUCUAAUGAGGGAGUUGGAACGAGGAGAGACUUUACGUUCUGUGAUCGAGUCAAUGUGAUUGCGACUUCUGAUGUUGUUGUGGAGGAUGAGAUUCGUUGUUGUGGUGUUGACAUGUUCCAUGGUCGGUAUGGUUCGUGUCCCAUAACUCUGUACGUCAUCUCGAAACCCAUCACAUCCGUCGACUUCCAACACUUUGUUCAUCCCAACAUUGUCACGACAUACGGUUUGGCCAUGCUUCAUGACCACAGAUUUGCUCUGGUACUGGAUAACAUAGCAAUGAACUUAGAGCAACUGCUCGUUGAGUUCAAUGAUAAACUCACUCUUCGUGAACAAGUGGAUUUAUCUCUCGGCUGUGCGUCUGCUAUUGACUAUCUUCAUUGCCAAAUCGGAAUCAGCCAUGGUUUAUUGACAUGUAGGAACGUAUUUGUUACGAAUUGCUUUACUGCGAAGGUAGCUGAUCCUGUCGCUGUCAGAUUGAUGGCUGGAUACGAUGCCACGCCUACUGUCACCAUGGAGAAUGACUUAGUUCAACUCGGUAGUGUUCUUCUCAAAUUGUUUGGUGUCGUAACGAAAACUGAAUUGAACAAUGCAUCUUCAUCGGAUGGAUUACAAACGGCUUGUUCAUUGUAUGGCAUUAUGGAGUAUCUAGUGAAAGAGGACCGGACUGUUUUGCCGUCGUCCAAGGAUGUGGUGACCGUAUUGGAUUCUAUGAGACAAACCGAUCAAUACAAGCUGUGUCCAGCAAAGCGUGCCGUUGGUGUCUCAAAUCGAGACACGACAAGAUUGGAUGUGAAUAUUGUAGUUAAUUAAUGUGGUUGGUGUGCCAUAAUUAUUACGAAUAUUGUCACUUCGUACUUGUUAUUACAUGCACAUGUCAUCAUAAUAUAGUUGUUAUAUAUAUUUGUAUUACCUUAUGAAUUAGAUGCGGAAGGUAGCUCGGUCUCAUUAUGAUUGUUGGAUUACAUUGA